AGCAAAUUGCAAAUGUUGCUCUCAAACACUGGCUGAUGGCAUAUUAAAGCUCAAAUCUUUCCUCUUUCCUACCGUCCUCUCUCGCAAAGAAUACUGAUAAUUCCACGUUCGCGCCCUGUAGGCUAUUCCAAUUUAACAAACUCUUAGCACGCAAUGGCGAUGCGUCAAACGAAGAUGCGAGCUGUUCGCAUUCAACGAGCUUCAGAUGCCGUCGAAUCCAUGCCAUAUUCUGCAGAUAAUCCGGCUCCUCCAUCCGCCCUACACUUAGAAAACGAGGUGCCAAUACCACAGCUCGAACAACCGGGAGAGAUUCUGAUCCGAGUACAUGCUGCUACGGUGACUCGUGAUGAACUGACUUGGCCCGAGACUUAUCAGUCAGACCGUUUGUCUUUGGGACAUGACUUUGCGGGGGAGGUGGUCUCUGUAUUCGAUAAUAACAUCCUUGACAAUGGGCAGAUGUUAAGGAUCGGAGAUUAUGUAUACGGCAUGACUGCAGCAACUGGAAAGGGGUCAACAUGGGCAGAGUUUGCAGUUGUUAGUGCAAAUGAGGUAGCGCGCAAGCCCGCGAACCUAGAUUGGGCGAGCUCGGCAACGGUCCCAAUGAGUGCAUUGACUGCCUGGCAAGCCCUAUAUGUCCAUGCAGGAGUUACCGAGCCUGACCCUACGUUUCGUCCAAUCACCAAUCAUGAAGCCAAUAGCUCAAUUUCCAAGAAGAUAAGCCCACUGGUUAAACUUCUGGUUACGGGUGCAUCCGGAGCGGUCGGUUCUUAUCUCGUGCAACUGGGAGCCCUAUCCAGGCUCCACGUGACGACUGCUUCGAGUUCCAAGGCCCGGAAUGCAGGAUUCCUUCGUUCCCUUGGCGGCGAUCAAGUGGUGGAGUAUGAGGACCUACUCGACAAGAGAAAUGAAUAUGACAUCAUUAUUGAUACAGUAGGGGGGCAGUACCUGGAGAGCUGCUGGCGCCUUGUAAAGGACGAGGGCUGCUUGAUCACGGUUGAUUCUUCAAGCUUGGGGUUUGUUGAGAAACAUACGACACUUCUACUCGCAGGAGGAAAGGAAAAAGUCAAGGCUCUCGAUUUCAUUGUGGAGCCGUCCAAUGUCCAGUUGAAGAAAAUUGCUACUUUAGCGGAGCUUGGACUGCUUAAGGGAUUUGUUGCGCAGGCGUUCCCAUUUAACAAAGCUUGUGAAGCAUAUGAGAUGGCUAGUAAAAGACAGACACGCGAAGGGAAGAUUGUACUUUUGAUGCAGGUAUCAUAGGUAUCACACGUGAUAGCUUAUCAGGAAGAAUUGCACGUAUGAAGCUAUAAAUACUAAUGAC